AUGGCAACAAUAAAUGAAUUAAAUUUUUGUUCAGCAUGCAACAAGACUCAGGCAAAAUCCAUUUGUGCGGGAUGUAAAAAAUACUUUUGUCGAAAGGAUUUCAAAGAACAUGAACAACAACUAUCGAUAAAAUUUGAUAAUGAUAUAGUGAGAUCACAUGAUGAACUUCUUGAACAAAUGCAAAAAUUAGAAAAAUCAAAUUAUUUAUCAUUGGAUCUUUUUGAUCAAAUUGAACAAUGGAAAAAAACAGCAAUAAAAAAAGUUGAAAAAGCAGCAGAAAAAGCUCAUCAUGAAUUGAUUGAAUUAAUUGAUAAACAACGUAUGAUAAUGACAAAACAACUUGAACCAAUUACAAGAGAAAUUCGUUGUCUUCGAAAAGAAGAAAAUUUUGCUGAAGAUGAUAUUAAUCGACUUAAACAAAAAAUCAAUGAAAUUCAACAAAAACUUAAACAAUUUAUUGAAAAAGAUACAAAUAAAAGUAUAAUUAUUGAUAAUAAUCAAAUUGAUUGGAAUCAUCUUAUCUAUAUUCGAGAAAUACAACCAAGAUGUAAGUAUUUUGAAGUAGAGAGAUAG